UGUAAAUCUGUCAAACAUACCGCCGAAUGUAGGGGAUAGUUUGUGAUCUUUCCAAUUAAAUAGCAAAACAGUUUUUCUCUAAUUUAAGAUUCAUUAAAAGAGUGGUAAUAAAAAGCUAUGGGUUCCGGAGAGAGCACGAGCAGGAGAGUCUCUUUCGGCCUAGAUGAGGACGAUAGGGUGAGGAUUCUGCGUGGAGUGAAGCUGUCUGAAGAUGUUCUACAGCGCAUGAGAAAUGCUGGUCAAACUCCUGAACCAAGUCAACCAUUCAGUAAUAAAGAAAACCAAGGACAGCAGACUCAAGCUUCCAGCACAUCUGACACUUCACCUCCAAAAACUCAGACCAGGACCACUUUUCCUGACACUAAAGAUGAGCUAAGGAAGAGGUAUGAGCAGCAGCAGGCCAUUAUACAAGAGGAGCUGGCUCGCAUUGCACAGAAAGAGAGAGAGGCAGCGCGGCAGGACAUUACACGAGCGGUGCAGAGAGAGAGAGUGCAGACACGGCAGGAGGUUGAGAAAGCCAAACAGUUGGGGAAACAGCUGGAGAAGAAGGAGGCUGAACUAAAGGCGCUGGAUGCCUUCUAUAGGGAGCAGAUCACACAGCUAGAAAAGAAGAAUGAGGAGCGCUUCAAGUUGUCUGCUGAACAAUUCCACACUGCUGCAGCCAGGAGUGAAGCCAGCAUAAAGUUGCGCAACGUGGAACCGGUGUGUACGAACCUGCAAGCUCAGAUCCUGAACUGCUACAGACAGAACCGCGAACAGACGCUUCAGUGCUCAGAUCUGGCCAAAGAGUACAUGCAGUGCAUCAAUGCAGCCAAGAAGAAUCUGUUGGUGAAUCAUGGAUAAAGAUCUGUUCUGCUCUUCAGCAGGGCCGCCAUCUUACCUGUCACUCUGGUUCAUCUUGUGUGGUGGGUUUUACGGGCCACUGCAUCUUCAGCCUUUCCAUCCAAUUACCAUCUGAUCCCGGGGCUCUGAGUCGCACUACAUUAUACUGAACAAGCUAUAUUGUACAGGCCGCUAUUACUUUUUUCCAUUAUCUGUAAUAGCACUGACAAUGGGAUCACAUAAAUGCAAGGCUUGAUUUUUAUAUUACACUCAGGAAGUCCUGAUGCUUUUAAUUGUCAGGGUUUUAUUUAUGAAUUGUAUUUCAUCAAAACCAUAUCUUCAUAAACGGAUAACUGGACAAAGUUGGUCAUGCUUCUGUAUUUUUUAUUCCUUUUUAAAUAUGACUAAUACUGAACUCAAGAUCAGACAUUCAAAGGGGUCGUUCACACUGUAUGCGUUUUUGCAUCUGUCUGCACUGUUUUUUUAAUGGUUUAUCUAUGUAAACGUGCACUAGACAGACGUCUUUGACCGUUGCACCACUUAUCUUUAUUCUUUCAGCAUCACGUGCAGGAGCGCCACAUUUUAAGAUGCAGUGUCAAGUUAAAAGAACUUUUAAAAAUGUGUCUUGAGAGACACCUACAUUUUAUUUGAUUUGUAGCCCUGCUUUUUUUUUUUUUAACACGAGAACCCAUAAGAAUGUCUGAAACUGAAUCAGUCGGUUAGUCUUUUCAUUUCUGCUUUUUUACACUUGAAAAAAGUCCUAAUAUCAACGGUUAAAGGAAUAGAUUACCCAUAAUGGUAAAUUCUGUCAACGUUGCUUUUAUCUGUUAAAUUAUGAAGAAUCUUCACACAGCUCUUUUCCAUACAAUAACAGUUCAUAAUGACCAUGUCUGUCAAGCUCUUAAAAAGCACAAUAAAAGCAGUCCAUAUGACUUGGGUGCUAUAUUCCAAGUCUACUGAAGCUAUAGGGUAGCUUUAUGUGAUGAACUGCCCUAGAUUUUAGAUAUUCACUGUAAAUCUUGCCCUCUGUUGUAGCUUUCGAUCAGAUAUGGCACAUUUUGUCAGGUUACAAAUCAAUGUCAUCAUCAGGCUACUCGUGUCAGGUUAGAAGUCAGUGUCAUCAUCAAAUGUCAUUGGUUAUCAUGCGUCUCGUGACCGUUAUUUGAAGCUUGACAGAUGUGACCACUGUGAAUUAUCAUUGUACAUUAUGGAAAAGAGCUAUGUAAAGAUUCUUCAGAAAUUCUCCUUUUAUGUUUCAUGAGGAAUAUAACUGCUAAUGAGCUUUGAAUGAAAUUAGGAUGAGUAAAAAAUGACAAUUUUCAUUUUUGGAUUAUAUGCCUUUAAUCAAACUAAUUUGACAUGUCUGAACAUUUAAAGAGUACAAAAUGUUGUGUCUGAUUGAAUGUAACCUAUUCUUAUAAAGAUGAAAUAUCAUUUGUAGCGAGAAGACGGAUGAAGACAUGAUUGAUCUGCAAGUAGUGACACUGUUUCAGUGUCAUACACACAUGUACACACUACCUCAAUUUGUUGCUUUUGACAUGGUGGGGUCUCCCAUGUGAGCUCGGGCAAUUAUGGUGAGAUGGCAUCACACACACACACAACCUUCAAUUAUCCACCUGACACACACUGCAUCUCUACACUCAGUUCAGAUGCACACACACACGCUUCAUGUCAGCAUACGCACACCCUUCUGUCAGGCCUAAUAAGGUUCUCAAUCCAUUCUAGCAGGAUUGACUUGGGAAUUACCUUAAGGAUACAGCAAGAGUCGAGGCAGGUUGCCUUUGCCAAAUCUGUGUAUGUGUGGGUGGUCUGUCAUCAUACAGUAUGGAGGGCAGUGAUUUUUUGUUGUGGGGCAACUGAUUCUCUUCUAUUAAUACGUUUGAAUCAGUGCAAAUAGAUUUAAAGACAUUCACAACCCAUUUUGCUUUUGCAAUUUGUUGCAUUUCUGAGUGAAACCGAAUAUUCAUUGCGACAAAAUGUAGGGAAUUGAUUGGAUCGUAAAAACUGUCAUUCAGCUUAACCUCUCCUUUUGAGUUCUAUGGAAGAAAGAACAUCACACAUGUUGACAGAAUUUAAUUUUUUUUAUUGAACUAUCACUUUAAGUAUGAUAUAAUCAGCAGGUAAUAAGACAAGUGUGUGCGUUGAGUUUGUGUGAACCCAUGGGACACCUUUAGUACAGGCUCUUCAGACAGCGAACACACAGUCAGCAGAAGUGCCCUACGUGUUGUGGUGAGGACAAGAUGGUAGGCGAUAACAGGAGUGAGGAAGGAGGGCAAAGGUUACACAAUAAGUGCUCCAUCAUACACCAAUGAGGUCUGACAGCUCAGCCAUACACAGUUCACAUUAGAGAGAGAGAGAGCACAGCUGGGCUUCCUUUUGUACACCUGAAACACAGGCCUUUUAAUUACUUAUACUGUUAGAUAUGCACUGAACAUCAGCAAUUCAAGGUGCAAAUGAAAGGGAUAGUUCACCCUCAAAUGAAAAUUGUGUCUUUAUCUAUUCCCCCUCAUGUCACUUAAAGUGUGGAUUUUAAUUUAGCAAGAUGUCCAGAAGCUGAUCUUUUCUAAACAAUAAAAGUGUAUGAUUGUGGCUGUUAAGCUCCAAAAAAGACAAUAAAUAAAUGGCUAUGAAAGUAAAAUAACUGUAGUCACACGGCUUGUUAAAUAUUUUUAUUACACGGCUCUCUAGAAAACUCGAUUCUGUUUAGUCAGUGGUGCCAUCUAUUUGUCUGAUCAGCUCAUCCAGGUAUCUGGGCCAUCUUUACUACUUUUCAGAUCACUGCGCAAUCUCUACAAGUAAGCUAAUAAAAUCAAUUCAACUCGA